GCGAGUCGAGUUGUGAUUUCGAAGCCAUCGACCGACAGUGUGUGUUUUGUUAUUUUUUCUUCGCCGCAUCAUGUCUUCCAUGCUUAAGUCAGUUUUGGUCGUCUACAUUAUAUUCCUGAUUUUGGUAAUGAGGCAAACGAUGGCCAGGCCUAGUGGUGAGUGGGCUUCCAGUGCUUAUGGCUGCGACAACGCAGAUUCGAAGAAAAUCGAAAUCUGCCAGCGUUGCGCCAAACAGACCAAGUCCCCCAUAGUGUACCCAAUGUGCUGCAACGAAGAAGACGAGGUCCACUUUUGGUGCUACAGAUAUACCACUUACGGCAAAGAAGCGUGAUACACACCCAUCCCCAUCAGCAGCAAGUAGAACGGUGGUUGGUUAGUCACUUAAUGUAACGGGUAGUUUUUCUCGUGAAUUUUUCAAUGUGAUAUAAAAAAAAAAUCGGCCGUACGACUGCUCCUCUAUAGUUGUUAAAUAACUUAUUGCGUGUAUUUAACUGAUAGCUCUAACACUAAUUCUGUUGCCAAAUCGAACAAUUUUGCACCUUCGAGGGAAUAUAUAGAUUGAGGUUAGGAUUUGGUCCCGAGGAAGCUUCGCCUAAUUCAUUCAACGAAGAAAAGUAAUAAAUUUUAGCUAUAGUUUAGUUAGAUUUUGAUUUAAAAAUUUAAGUCCUGAAAAUCAGUGCGUGAUCGACGUUAUCGUGUGGCAGCGCCUUUAGAUUUUGUGAUUUUGAAUAGGUAGAUUUAAACAGGUACGCCACUGGUAGCAGUCGGGUUAUUUAAGGCUUCGCGGUUUUAUUUGGCAACCCAAACAGGAUGCAAACUCACGAUAUGAUAAGCAUUGUAUAUACAGGGUGAUCCAUUAACGGUACAUAGUAAACUCGACGUGCUACGAUCAUGGGGUAAAAAAUCUGAUAACAAAUACGGCCAAAAGGAAU